AUGUCUGAAGUCCAGAAGACUGUUGAGGAGACCCCCGCGGUUGUCCCUGCCGUUGAGACUGCUGUUGAGACCCCUGCCACCGAGGCUGCGGUUGAAACUCCCAAGGAGACCACUGAGGCCGCCGAGCCCACCGCCACUCCCGCUGUUGAGAGCACCGAGGCUGCUGAGCCUGUGAAGGAGGAAGUGAAGCCCGCGACUGAGGGCGUUCUGGGCUACAAGGCCCCUGGUCUGGUCAAGGGUUUCCGUUUCGCCAAGCGCUUCUUCUACUUCAACGAGGAGGCCGUUGAGAGCAAGCAGCUCUCUGUCUUCCACCAGAACGAGAAGGCUGCCGUCGCCAACCCCACCGCCGCCUGGGCCAGCCAGACCGGCAAGGGUUUGCUUUUCCUCACCAAGCGCGCUGAGGACAAGGCCACCCCGGCUGGCAUUUUCAACCUCGCCGAUGUCUCUGAUGUGACCAAGGAGGGUACCAGCGAGUUCCUCUUCAAGGUUGCUGGUCAGAAGCACACCUUCCAGGCCUCUAGCGCCGCUGAGCGUGACAGUUGGGUUGUCGCCAUCGAGGCUCAGGCCACCGAAGCCAAGGCCGAGAAGGAGACCAUCACCUCCAGCGAGGGUUACAAGGCUGAGCUCGAGAAGCUGACCAAGCCUGCCGUUGCCGUUGCCGCCGCCAAGAAGCCCGAGGAGAAGAAGGAGGACAAGAAGGAGGAGGAGACCCCCGCUGUCGCUGCUGAGGCCGCCCAGGAAGAGCCCAAGGAAGAACCCAAGGAGGAGAAGAAGGAGAAGGCCGCCGCCAAGAGCCGUUCCCAGUCUCGCAAGCGCACCAGCAUCUUCGGUUCCCUCCUGGGCAAGAAGGACGCCGAGGAGAAGAAGGAGGAGACCCCCGCUGCCGGGGAGACCAAGGCUGCCGAGCCUGCUGCUGAGCCCUCAGUUGAGGCUCCUGCCCCCGUCGUUGCUGAGUCCACCGAGGCUGCUGCUCCUGCCCCCGUUGAGGUUGCUGAGCCUACUACUGAGACCCCCGCUGAGACUACCGAAGCCGCCAAGGAGGAGGCUAAGGACGAGAAGAAGGCUGAGAAGAAGGCCAAGCGUGCUUCUAUCUUCGGUAACUUCUUCCAGAAGGUCGCCAGCCCCUCCCAGGAGAAGUCCGAGAAGGAGGCCACCGCCCCCGCUACCGAGGAGACCCCUGUCGCCAGCACUGCUCCUCAGCUCGAGAACCCCGUCGAGGAGGCCACUGCCAAGCCCACCGAAGCCGAGGCUGCCGUCUCCAGCCCCAAGGAGAAGCGCCGCACUUCCUUCUUCGGCAACCUUGGCAUGAAGAAGGAAAAGAAGGCUGACUCUGACAACGAGGUCACCGAUGGAGAGGCCAAGGAGACCAAGGCCAAGAAGCUCGGCGGUCUUUUCCGCAAGCCCAGCAAGGCUGUCAAGCUCGACAAGGAGGAAGUUGCUGCCGCUGAGACCGAGGCUAAGGCUGACGCCGCUGAGGAGGCCCCCGCCGUCCCCGCCAAGGAGACUGCCACUGAGAACGCCCCCGUCGUCGAGGCCCCCAAGGCUGUCGAGACCACCGAGGAGACCAAGAACGUCAACGUUGCCACCGCCACCCCCGUUCAGGCUGCCGCAUGA